AUGACCCGUACAUACGUUAAACGACCCGCUGCUUCUGGUGCAUCUAGGACCAAAACAAACGGAUCACCGGUUGAUGUAGCGGGAAUAGUGAAAGGAGUGAUCGACACCGUUCGUCAGCAGGGCGACGGCGCUGUUCGUCGAUACAGCGAGCAGUUCGACAAAUGGUCCCCUGUCAGCUUCGAGCUAUCCAAGAAGGAUAUCGAGCAAGUCAUGGCCGAGCUCCCGGAGCAGGUGAUCCAAGACAUCAAAACGGUUCAGGCAAAUGUGCGGAAAUUUGCCGAGGCCCAGAAGGACUCACUGAAGGAAUUUGAACUCGAAAUGGCCACUGGCGUCGUGCUAGGCCAGAAGAACAAUCCGAUUGACUCAGUAGGCGCAUAUAUCCCGGGCGGGCGGUAUCCAUUGUUAGCUUCCGCACACAUGACUAUCCUGACCGCCAAGGUAGCUGGUGUGAGGAACGUCGUAGCCUGUACGCCCCCAGCCGCAGGCAAGCUUCCUCUGGCAACAGUCGCUGCCAUGCAUCUCGCAGGAGCAGACCAGAUAUUCAUUCUCGGCGGCAUCCAGGCUAUCGCAGCCAUGGCCGUCGGAACUGAGACAGUCCCAAAAGUGGACUUUAUCGCUGGCCCAGGGAAUGCCUUUGUUGCUGAAGCCAAGAGGCAGUUGUUUGGCGAGAUCGGCAUCGACCUCUUCGCUGGGCCGACCGAGGUGCUGGUUGUCGCUGACGAGACGGCUGAUCCCUACACCGUCGCCACAGAUCUCCUCAGUCAAGCUGAGCACGGGCCGGACACGCCAGCUGUUCUGAUAACCACUUCGGAGGAUCUAGCCAAGCGUACUAUAGAGUACUGCGACCAACAGUUGGCCACUUUGAAGACGGCAGCGGUGGCCAGUGUUUCAUGGCAGGACUUUGGUGAGGUGAUUGUCACUGACACCAUCGAUGAGGCUUAUCAAGUUGCCGAUGAGUUCGCCUCAGAGCAUGUUCAAAUCCUCACAGCAAACCCCAGAGACGCCCUCACCAAGAUGCAGCAUUAUGGCGCUCUUUUUCUCGGGCCUAUGACUUGUGUCUCGUUCGGUGACAAGUGCAUCGGAACCAACCAUGUUCUGCCUACCAAGCAUGCAGCCAGGUACACUGGAGGGCUAUGGGUGGGUAAGUUUCUCCGUACUGUCACCUACCAGGAGGUCACAUCUGCCGAAGAGAGUGGCAAGCUUGGUCGCCUUUGUGGCAGAGCUGCUAGAGUAGAGCUUUUUGAGGGCCAUGCGAGAUCGGGGGACAUCCGCGCAAGCCUGUACCUAAAGGAUAAGUUUGACUGGGUCAAACCAUAG